AUGAUGGUGGAUAACUCCAUUCAGGGUGGGAGAAAUUUGCAGUGAGUUGUGGGAGUCACCAUUAAUAAAAAAAUUAAUAACGUGCCACAAUGGCAACUGCACCUUACAACUACUCCUACAUCUUUAAGUACAUCAUUAUUGGGGACAUGGGUGUAGGAAAAUCCUGCUUGCUUCAUCAAUUCACAGAAAAGAAAUUUAUGGCUGAUUGUCCUCAUACAAUUGGUGUUGAAUUCGGUACAAGAAUAAUUGAAGUUAGUGGCCAAAAAAUUAAACUGCAGAUCUGGGAUACAGCGGGACAAGAACGAUUUAGGGCUGUAACACGAAGCUACUACAGAGGAGCGGCAGGAGCUCUCAUGGUCUAUGAUAUUACUAGAAGAAGCACGUAUAACCAUUUAAGCAGCUGGCUGACAGAUGCAAGGAACCUCACCAAUCCAAAUACUGUGAUAAUCCUCAUAGGAAACAAAGCAGAUCUGGAAGCACAGAGAGAUGUUACAUAUGAAGAGGCCAAACAAUUUGCUGAAGAAAACGGUUUACUGUUCCUUGAAGCAAGUGCAAAAACAGGGGAGAAUGUGGAGGAUGCAUUCCUGGAGGCGGCCAAGAAAAUCUACCAGAACAUUCAAGAUGGAAGCCUGGACCUGAAUGCCGCAGAGUCGGGCGUACAACACAAACCGUCAGCUCCGCAGGGGGGGCGGCUAACCAGCGAACCCCAGCCUCAGAGAGAAGGCUGCGGCUGCUAGUGACAUGUUCCACGGCUCCAUUUCUGACCUUUCACCUCUGUCUGUUGGAAGCAGUGCUUUUGACUGCUUCAUCGUCUUCUGUACAUCUUAUUGGGUUUAAUUAAAACUCUGAGACAACAAUUUAACACAGUACUAAACUGCUAAACAACUUUAGAUGUAAUCAGGUUAUCAGAAGCAAGUAGAGUAAUAAACCUCUCCUGCAUGGUAAAUUAGAAGUUUUUUUUUUCUUUCCUCCUUGAUUGUCCUUGUGAUAGUGUCACCAGUACAUGAUUUAAACUGAGCACUGAUGCUGGACUCAUGAUUUCAUACUUUUUUGCAGGGCUUUGUCUUCUGGACGGUUUAAUUUUCUGCUCUCUUCAGCCUUUCUGCCCCACCUGUAACUUCUCAAGCUGUCUAUAGUAACAGAUAAGUUUAUUUGCUGUGAAAUGACUUCUGAUGGUAGAAAAGGGGCUCUGAAACCAUGUGCUUUUGUUGGAGGGAUUCCCUGUGGCGCGGGCAGUGGGGGCGAGGAGAUGGUUUGCAGGAGGAGACGACGGACUGCCAUCUUAGCCU